AUGGGGGCAUUAGCUGAUCCUAAUACUCACUUACUCGGAGUUUAUGGCUCAGAUGAUGAGAUGAAAGACACUUUGCUUCAAAGAGUCUACAGAAGAGUUCAAAGAGAUCAACAGUUUGGUAUGGUUGUGACAGCAACUGUAACCAAAAAUCCUGAUGUGAGGAAGAUUCAAGAGGAUAUUGCUCAUCAACUAGGGUUCACCUUUAACCAGAAAUCUAAUGCUGGAAGAGCUAAAGAAUUUAUUCGUAGGAUCAAGAACGAGCAGACUACUCUCUUUGUGCUUCGUGACCUGUAUGAAAGAGUUGACCUUAGUAAGGUAGGAAUUCCAUAUGGGGCAGAUCAUACUGGUUGCAAGUUAUUACUCACUUCUACAACUGCAGAUGUCCUAUCUAACCAGAUGCAUACCCAAAAGAAUAUCAUGGUCAUAUGA